AUGAACUGCAACAUCUGUCAAAGACCUCACAGCCCACAGCGGCUGCCAUUUCUGUGUGCUGUUGACGCUCGCAAUCACUGCUAUGAAGGUCGCCUCAAGAACCUGCAGGCGUUGAUGGAGAAUGAGAGUCUUCAGAAACAGAUCAAUGACCUGCUUGCCCAAGACACAACAACGGGUGCGCCCAACCUGAUUGUCGCUCUUGAAGACUCUGUCUCCCAACAGAAGAUGGCCGAGGAUCGAACGGACCAAAUCAUCGCCCAGGCCGAUAAGCUAAGGGAUGAGGUCGCCGCUGCCAGAAAGGAGAUUGCCGAUCGCAAGGCUGCCAUUUCUCGCCGAAAGUCGGACCUUGCAUCUGCAUCGAGUGGCAUCUCUGCUCGGAGAACCAGACAGCUCGAGGAGGCCGAGCGAUCCAUUUCGGUCGCCAAGUACAAAUGGGGUCGCAAUGCCGACCAAAUGUCGACCACCCGAUCUUUUCUCUGCAAGGAAGCUGCGAAACUCUACGGUCUUCGCCGCUUCAAGAAGGGCUCGUCGUCUCGAUACGAGUUCAAGAUCGGUGGCGUUGACGUGAUUGAUCUUUCAUCUAUGAACGCGACAUCGCCUGAAGUCUUGUCGACCUCCCUGGCCAACAUUGCCCAUAUUCUGGCGCUAACAUCUCAUUAUCUAACCAUCCGGCUUCCUGCAGAAAUCACGUUGCCCCAUCGUGAUUACCCGCGGCCCACCAUUUUCAACCUCGCUUCGUCAUACCAACACGGCGAUGUUCCGUUUCCCGGCACUUCAACCAUCCCCAGCUUUGCUUCGGAUGAGCGUGAUAGCCAGCCGCACUACGUCCCUCGUCCGCGGCCACUGUUUGUCGACAAGGCUUUGCCCAUUCUAGCCAAAGAAGAUCCAGCUACCUAUUCCCUUUUUUUGGAGGGCGUGACGUUGUUGGCAUAUGACAUCGCCUGGGCAUGCAGCACUCAGGGGGUCUUCGUGGGGGAUCGCAACUCGUUCGAGGACGUUUGCCACAUGGGACGCAAUCUGUAUAAUUUGCUCAUCGGCCAACAACUCCACAGUAACCAUACUGGUCGAAUUUACCCCCCGGCAAAUUCGUCGCCCGCGGCGAAGCACGAUACAUCCGACCAGGAAGAGCUUGGCAGGCCUUCGUCUUGGGUGGGACGGUACUCACAUGGCACAGCUUAUGAGUUCCUUGGCAGUGCGGAGGGAUCCGAAUUCGUUCGCAGCUUCAAGCUUCCCAGCCCCCUGAAACUUGCCGAUAAGCUCAAGAAGAAGCUUGUCAGUGAGGUUGCCGUUCCGGAAUGGGAGGUUCUCGAGGAUGAUGCGUGGGCUAUUGACGAUGGCGAAGGUCAGGUGGCUCGGGCUGGUGGUGGUGGUACAAACGGCUGGACAAAAGUGAAAACUAGGUAA